GACCAUCCCGUCCGCCUUGGCCCAGACCGACACCACGCUCAGCUGCAUCUGCUUCCCUCAUUGCAUUCUCUUAACUACUGCUGAGCCAACUAGUGGUUCCAACCCGCCCAGCACCACACCACUCACUACCAGCUGUGACUCCCCAGGACUGGGCUGCCCAGCUGCUUCCUCUCCCACCACCCCAUCCACUGACUCCACUAACACCAUCAAUGCUACUAAUGCCAUCACCUACGUUCUUCCUCCCAUCACUACAUCUCCAUCCAUCAUCCCUACCACUAGCAUGCCUCUAACCCAAACCACCAGUACCAUCACCACCACCAACACCACCACCAGCAUAACCAGCUCCUCCUCUGUUAUGCCUACCUCUACCAUCGGCAUCAUCACCAGCGCUGCUUCCUCUACAUCUCAUGCCACUAACGUUGCUUCAGCCAGCAGUACAGCACAUGCCCAACAGGCAACCAGCGACACGUCAACUGCUUCAUCCACUACCACUAACCAACCAACUACUAACCCCACAACGCAUGAGACCUUGUUCUACCGGGUCUCCUUCGUGGUGGAUAGCGGUGGUUCGGUGCUGACCCAGGAGACUGUGGAGCGAGCUGUGGGCCUCUGGCUCAAUCAGACCUUUCAGAACUGGACCCACCAGGGCUACGUAGACACCCUCAGUGUGCAGCCUGGUGUACAGAGCGGAGGAGCCCCCCCUACCAGGUAA